AUGGAUUGCAAUGUGCGUCUAACCCGGCGCUUGGCUCACUGCGAACGCUCUGACACAAAAAUCUCGCUUGCUCGGGCGGUGCACGAUACGAUCUGGUUGGACGUCGAACAUUCAGCACGACGAAACGCGGCCUCCAGCAGCACUGAAUAUGUCCCUGGUGGACCCAUCAUCCGGGGCACCGUGAACGAUGGCCUCCCCUUCCCUCCGCCUUCCAAGACCCACGGCUCAUACCACUGGGCUUUUGAGCGCUUGCUCUCUGCCGGCCUCGUCCCACUGACGGUCGCCGCUUUCGUCGUUUCGCCGACUCAGUACCCCCUCCUCGACGGCAUCCUCGGCGUCUCACUCGUCAUGCACUCUCACAUUGGCUUCGACUCCAUCGUGGUGGACUACCUCCACCCGCGCAAGUUCCCCAAGCUUGGGCCGCUCGUGUCAUGGACCCUCCGCGCAACGACCGUUGGUGUCCUGGUCGGCGUUUACCAGUUCAACACCAACGACAUUGGCCUUACCGAGCUGAUCGCCAAGGUCUGGCACGCGUGA